AUCAUUUUGAGUCAGGGAAUGGAGAAAUGAUUGAGCAAUAUCCUUAAGAAGUCAAGAGGUGAUGAUCUGUUUCCCAAGUGGAGAGACCGGCCUAAUGAGGGGUAGGGACAUUUCAUCCACAGUAACGGAAGGAAGGAACAAUGAUGGACAAGGUGGGGGCAAGUGGGUCAGUGUGGUCCUGCAAACAUGCAAGUUCCCUUCUGGUUGCUUUCCUUUUCAGUGAAAUAUGGAACAAGGUCAUCACAGUAGGAAACAGGUAGAUAGUGAAGGUAUAAAAUAGUGAUCCACAAGGGUGGGAGUGUAAAUGAACCAGUGAACUGUCAUUAUAGCAUAAUCUAAGCUCACGAAAGGAAAUUUUUUAUGAAAUGUAUGUAUAGCAGGCAUUUCCAAUGACUUAAACUUAGCAUUUAAUAAGCAUUACUAUAAAUGAAACUUGAGAGGAUCAUCUAGUACAAUUGCCAUUAUCCAGAAAUUAUUUACUUCAAAGAAAGAGAGGGAAACCUUUAAAUGGCACUUAGUACUAACACUUUAAUUUUGUUUUUCUCAAUUCACAUAGACCAGAAACAGCCAGAAAUUGUUUAUAGCAGGAAGAGUCAUGAGAGGUAGGAGUAAAGAUCCCAGAUGAGCUCAGUUUACUUUUGAUGAUGAAUUAAUGAAAGAAUAGAUAAAUGCUCUUGGAGAACUAUUUUAAAAGGAAACAAAAAUAAUUUUGAUGUUGGAAUAUCUUGUGAUUUUGGUAUUAAUUUUCAGUGUUCACAAAUUAGGACUUAAUUCUAGUCUUUGUAAAAUUUAUAGAACAUAGUAAAAUUAUAUUCUUUAAUUUAGAAAAGCAAUGACCUAUUUUUAAUUAAUUCAAAGAAACCAUCCUAACAAGAUAUGAUCAUUGAGUUUGUAAAAUGUCUAUUCUUAUACUUCCUAAGAAUAGUUCUCUUCUACUAAACUUUUAUGAGAAUUUUAUAUACAAAUAUUAACAUUAAUGGUAUAAAUAGGAGAACUGAUGAGAGAGGAAGGUAAAAUAUUAACAAUAAAGAAAUGUGAAAAAUAACCACUUAAAACUUUAAGCACACAAACUUCCCUGUCACAUUCAGUUAGAGGUUUUAUUUUCCUUUAUAAACCUUUCUUGUAUGCUUUACCAGUUGGUGUUAAUUAUUCUUUCUAAAUUUCUAUUUUCUGUUUUCUUUAUUGCUGAGAAUAGGAAUAUUUUUUAUUGAAAAUGAGCCAUGAUUUAUAGUUCUUGCUACUUUCCAUCAUGUAAAUGCCCCAUUUCUAAUUCAAGCCUCCCAACAGUUCCAGGAUAGUGAACUCCAGUUGAUGGGAUUAGCAAAAAAUAAGAAGUACAAUACUAAAUAUGUGAGCCCAUGUGUCAGUAUAGUGAUAUAUAAUUAUAGAACACACAGACAUAAAUAACCAUUUUCAAAGGAAAUUAUAAUAAUGUACAAAGAAGUUCUGUUACUUUCUUUCCCUACCCAGUGGUUUAGUUUUUGAAUGCCUUGAGUGUUAGUCAUUGUUCUUUUGAGAUUUCUGCUCUUAGGAGCACCCUAAGGGUAGAAUAGGGAUUGGUACUGCCACAUGGUAACCCUCUCAUGGCCAGGAAGCUGCCUACUAAAGUCUCCUAUGGAGAUGGACUGGGACUCCCAGUUUUGGAGUUGAUAGCAUAUAAAUGGUAUUUAAAGCCAUGGUACUGAAUGAAAUUGCCCAGAUUGGACUAUGGAUAGGGGAAGAAAUCAAAUGGAUUCUAUAUAUAUUUUGUAGUUAGAGUUGACAGGAUUUUCUGGCAGUUUAAAUGUAGGUGUAAAAGAUAAGAUCAAAGGAUGAUUCCAGAGAUUUGGGGGGAAAAAAAACUUAUGGAUUGAUCCUGGUGUUCUCCAAUAUUGGAGAUAAAGAAGAAUUCAGCAAACUAGACUGAGAAGGACUGGUUAAAAAGGAAGGAAUCAAACCGGGGAGUGUGAUGUCUUAGAAGCCCAGUGAAGUGUUUUAAGAAGCAAGCAAGGGUCCUUGAAACCUGUGUCAAAAUGCUCCUUGAUUAACAUGAAAACUAAGAAAUGACAACUGGAUUUUACAUGAUGGAAGUCUUUGUCAGUCAUACUUAAAGCAGUAUUGAUUGUGAGAGGAAUAAAAGGGUAAUGAUGGGAAUUGCUUUAAGUGAGAACAGAGGAAGAAAAAUUGUAGAGAAAAAUGAUGAUAUGGGCAAUUCUAAGGAGUUUGAUGUAAAGGAGAGAAAUGAGCAAUGGUUUCAGAGGAAGAUGUCAUGGUUGUUUUUAAGAUGGACAAAUGCUGACAUGUAUUUAUGAUAAUAAGAAUUAGUCUUGGGGAAACUUUAAGGACAUAAGAGAAAGCAGGAAGUGGAGUUGCUGAGGUAGUGUCCAUAGGUGGGCUACAGAGGAUGGGGUGCAGUACAGGAGAGAAAUGCUGGCCUUUGCUAGAAACAUGGACCUACCACCAAUGUUAACAGGAGAGAGGGUAAACUCUUUUGGCAAGGUGUAGGUAGGUGGGUAGAUGUCCCAGGAGCCUGUACAAUUUCUCCUGAUUAAUUCUUUUUUCUCUGGAUUAGGAAACCAAGUCAUCAGCCAAGCAGAGUUUGAAGAGGUAUUAUACAUAAAUUAGUCAAGGAAGGUGUGAAUCUGAAUGGAUCUGGGAAAUAUCUAAGGAUUGCUGGGAAGCUUACUAAUCCACCUCAGGCCGAUUUUUAUGAACUGAGAGUGAGAUGGAACAGCAUGGCUUUGUUUUGUUUUCUCCUUUAGUCACAUUCAGUGCCACAGGACAGAGAAGCUGAGAGAGGGGGUUACAGAUUUAGCUGGGACUGUGGUUUAGGCAGACAAGUAAGGAAGGAAUGGGGGUGAACAUACUGAAAGUGUAUGCAUGGGACUGAUGUUAAUGACGGGCCAUGUCAUUUAAUCUAAGUAAGUAAGUGAGGACACAGAGUGGGCUGGUCAGGGUCAGCGGAAGGUGGCAGAAUUAAUGGACUGUAGGUGCAAUGAAUGGAAAGAUUUUUGGAGUUUUGUGAGGAGAGAAAGUGAGAUGGUAUAUGAGAGGUGGUGUUCAAAAGUACCUUUGCAAUUGAGAUUAUGGAGGGAUUCAGUGAUUGCUAAAGACAGGGUGUAACAUGUGAACUAUGUUGGUGAGAGGCUGGAGUAGGCUGGAGGGCAAGAUCACUGGAGGAGAGCCAUCUCCACCAUGAGGAGGGUAAUCUCAGUUUGCAGUCAAGCCAUUAGGUCUGUCCUUGAAGCAGAAAGGAUUGUUUUUAAGAAAGUUGUUAGGUUUCUACCCAAAGUCUCUUGAUCUAAUAGGAAGAUGGAGAGUGUGGUAGUCAGGCUACGAUCUUAAGUGAGAAUCUGGGUCUGCCACCCCCCUUCCCCGAUCCCAGCAGAAAGGGUGUGAGGCAUGGGCGUUGCCUGGCAAGUUGAGGGGCCAGUGUGUUGCCUCAGGCAGGUGGCCCAGCCCAUUGCUCCGGCUCACUUCUGAUCCUGUGCCAGCUUUGGGACUCAGGAAGGGGUGAGGACCUGGCCAGAGGAACACAUGAGCCUAGGUGUCGGGCCAGAGGGGCAUGUGGGGCAAUUAGGAGCCUCAGGGACAUUCUGGUCUGACUGAAGGACUGCCUCCUGCACCACCGUGAAGAAGCUUUGCGCAUCCUGGCAAAGGAAGGAUGAAUCCCACAGCCCAUCCUCACACCUGCCCAGAGGCAGGGCCAGUAUGAGUCCUCUGGCCCUGCUGGGCGACAACUUUCAAGAUAAGGAUUUAAAGAAACUUCUCAAAGCUUCUUCAGUAGGGGAUUUGGAGAAGGUGAAGAUGUACCUUCAGCUCAACAAACACGAUGUGAACAUGCUGGAUAGAGAACACAGAACACCCUUGCAUGUGGCUUAUGCUAACGGAUAUUCAAAUAUUGUAUCUCUCUUAACAGAGAAAUAAUGCAAAAUAAAUGUCUGGGAUGAUGAAAACAGAUCUCCAUUGACUAAGGCAGUAUUGUGUGAAAAGGAGAAUUGUGCUGCUAUUCUUCUAGACCAUGGUGCAGACCCAAAUCUGGUGGAUUUGAUGGCCCUUCAUUAUGCUGUCUGUGGUCAAAAUGUCUCAUUAGUUGAAAAACUGCUUCAGCAUAGUGCUAAUCUGGAAGCUCAAAAUAAGGAUGGGUAUACUCCACUGUUACUUGCCAUUACUGAAAAUAAUGCAGAAAUGGUAGAAUUUCUUCUGAAGAAAGGGGCAAAUGUGAAUGCUUCAGAUAAGUACAUUUGAUAAUAGUUAAUAUAACAUAUAACUUUUCUUUAUCUAAAACUUCAAAUUAAGUAGUUAUGAAGAAUUGAAUAUAGCAGUUAUUUAUUAAAAUAAUGUUUGGUGCUUAUUUUCAAAAAUACAUACAGUUAUUUAGGUUUAUAAAACACAGCAACCCACCUUUUUGGUGACUAUCUUACUUUGGCAGGUUUUUUUGUUGUUCUUGUGCAAAAUAAGAAUAUGUACAAUUAUACUUUGUAUUCACCAGUAGCCACUUUCCUUCCCUAUCCCUCACUUAUGGUAUAAAACCUUAAAAAAAAAAAAGAAAGAGAGGAGAAAGGAAUCUGAUGGCAACAGGUUGGUCACAAUGGUUACACAAUGGUCACAAUUAUACAUUUUUUAAUGACUAUAAAAUGCAGAAGUAUCAAUGCUAAAUAUAAUUGUGUUAGAGUUGAGGCAUAGCAUUUAAGAAAUAUACUUAGUAAAAAUAUGUGAACGUAAAUUAAAAUAUAUCAAAUAUCACUUGUUUUCUAGAUGUGUAACUUCAUUUCUACCAAUUUUUUGCUGCUGUCUUGAAUAAGAAGCCUACUUUGAAAGAGCAGUAAAUGAACUAUCACAGUAUUUCUCUGAGUAUUCAUUUGAAGAGAAGUUUGUUACAUGGAGAACAGCUUUCACCUUAGAAGAUGUGAAGAAAUUUCAAAAGACAAAUAUCUGUGUUACGAACCAUCAAUUGGGAAGAUUAAACUGUGUUCAGUUUAUAGGCAGAAAAAACUUUUUAGCCAAAAUAUUGAGUACAAUCUAAUUAAGAGUAAACUUUGCAACAUAAUUUUGUUAGGCAUGUACUAGAACAUUUAAAUAAAGUAAAAAUAUUAACACUUCAGCUACAAAACAGAGGAAAAAUAUAAUCCUGUGUAAAUGGAAACUCCAUUUUAGUUACAAGUACUUGCAUUGAUAAAGUCUUUUUGUUUUUGUUUUUGUUUUGAAAUAUUACAGCAAUACAUAUUCAUAAGAUUUUGGUAUUAUGGAAAAGAAAAAAGAAAAUGCAUCAGCCAUAGUUCAUCACACCAAGAAAACAUUUGUUAAAUUUCUAGCAUGUUUCUGUCUGUAGCCUUUUGAAAUUUACUUAGCUUUUUUUUCCUGAAAGGGAAUUUACAAUUUUGCUUUUUAAAAAAAAAAACAAAAAACACCACAAUUACAUAGUAUGUAGUUUCACUGUGCUCCUUGCCAUCCCUUAAACACAUCCAGCAUGGCCUGGCCUCAGGACUAUUCCCCGAAAGCCUGACUCUUCCUUUAACUGUCUCCUGAGAUAGCUUCCCUGCCUCACAUGGGACUUGCGUGCAGCCUCCUCUGGCUGACCUGCCAUUCUGUUAGUUACCCUGCUUUAUUAUCUAUUAUUUUCACCCUUGCCUUUUGGAUUGCAAGAUCCAUGAGAGCUUGAACUUUUUAUUCAUAGUUAAAUCCCCAUAUCAAUGGUAAAAUGUCUAGAGUAUAGCAGGUAUUCAAUUUGCCAAAAGCAUAAUAAUAAUCGACACUUGUCAGGCAUGGUUCCAAGUGCUUUGCGUAACUUAACUCAUGUUAUCUUCAUAAAGUCUUGUUGAAGUAAAUACUAUUCAUAUCCUUAUCAUUCAUUUAUGAUGAGGAUAUCAAGGUGCUGCAAUGUUUAAUGACUUGCUCAAGGUUAUGGAGAUAAGAAGCUGAGAGCUGGGAUAGAAACAUAUGCAAUCUAGAUUUAAACCUACCUAGUCUAACUCCAGCAUUUACCUCAUUAACCAACAUACCACCACAUCUCUCUCAUGAAUAGAUGAAUAUAUAUCAUUCCUUGUAAACUCUAUUUUUAAUGGCUCAAGGAAAGGUAUUUUAACCACUCAUUCAUUUAAUUUGUUGAACUCCCUUUUAAUGCUAGGUAUGUAAAAGAGCUAACAUGGGGAAAAAAACCUGACAAUUCCUCACAUCAAGUCAACACACAUUUAAUUUCCACUAUGGUUUAGAUCAAUGGUUCUUGACUGGGGCUAUUUUGUCUCCCAGAGAAUACCUGGCAAUGUCUGGACAGACUUUUGAUUGUUAAGAAAACUGCUAAGUAGCCCACAAUGUAUAGGACAGCCUCCUGCAAGUACUUAUCUGGCCCCAAAUGUCAACAGUGCUCAGGCUUAGGAACUCUGAUCUAGUUUCUAUAUUAUGUACUGGGGGACAAAGAUGAAAAAGAUAAAUUAUAUCCUCAGUCCUCCAUGAGCUCACAGCUGUUUAGUCCCCUCCCCAGUCUUUUUUAACCAUGUAAGUUAAUGCAGGUCAGACUAUGUGCACCAUACAUUUACCAUCAGCAUAAAAAGAACUUAAU